CUUUAAUUCUAGAACUUUUUGUCGCGUCGAAUCUAUAUAAUCUGGUGACUUUUCGUGCGCCGCAGUUUUUCCCCGAUUUACGUAACCAACUAAACACGCUCCGUGCAAUUAUUUAUUGAUUGUUCAGUCAGUGAAGACAUCACAUCUCAUCUCUCUAAUUUACAAUGGCUCGUCGUGGAAGAUCCCCAAGCCCAACCCCCAGGACUACCCUUCCUGCGAGGGCCCCACAAGCCGCCCCUGUCGCCGCUCCUCCAGCUCAGCCUCCGGCGAUGGCGCAACCUCAGCAACCAGGACUCUUCGCCCAGAUGGCUGCGACCGCCGGAGGCGUCGCCGUCGGAUCUGCCAUCGGACACACCGUAGGACACGCUGUCACCGGCAUGUUCAGCGGCGGAAGCUCCUCCGAGGCUGCACCACAGCAGCAAGCUGCUGCUGCCCCAGCUCAACAGCAAUACCCACAGCAAGCACAGGCUGGUGAGGCACAGGGUCCCUGCGCUUGGGAGAUCAAGCAGUUCCUGCAGUGCGCUCAGACCCAACCUGAUCUGACCCUCUGCCAGGGCUUCAAUGAGGCCAUCCAGCAGUGCAAGACCCGCAACAGUAUGGUCUAAUCAAUAAAAUCUAGCUUAAUUAAUUGAUUCAUAUUUCCGUCUCUUUCUAUCUCUCUCUGUCUCUUUAUUUCUGUAUUGCAGAUAUUCCAUAGAAAUGUCGUCGUGUUGCAGAAAUACGUAUUAAUCGUUGAAUGCAAGCGACGUAUAGAAAAUAUUUGAAAGAGCGGAACUAGUUUGAAAUAACAUUAGUGAAAGCGAUGAAUUAUAUAGAGAGGAAAACAAACAAAAAAAAACAAGAAAUAGCAUUGUUAAUACUUAUAUAUUUUUUUCUUUACGUACUUUUAAGUUGUAGCCAAAAAUAAAAAUUAUUAAUUGUAAAAAAAAUAAAAGACAAUGACCCUGUGUACAAAACGCAAUAGAAUAGAACGUGUGCCAA